UGUUCUUUCUUUAGAAGAGUUGGAGCAUGUAAAUUUGGAAACAAAUGUUCUCGCGUUCACAUUAUUCCUCAACAAAGUACUACUCUUCUGUUUCCUAACAUGUUCAAUUCUUUUAAGCUGCAGCAAACAUUUAGGAAUGAUUACAAUUCAGAAAAUGAUAUAUACGAGGAGUUUAAGGCUUUCUAUGAUGAUGUAUAUCCAGAAUUUCGUAAAAUUGGAAAAAUCAACAUGUUUGCUGUCUGUUGCAACAUCGAACCGCACCUCAGAGGCAAUGUUUAUGUUGAUUACCUGAAGUUGGCACAUGCUUUGGAAGCUUUCGGAAAAUUUAAUGGUCGCUGGUUUGACAAGAGGCAACUUUCAUGCUCUUUUGUUACUGUUUACAAUUGGAAAUACGCUAUAUGUGGACUUUUCAAUAGAAACAUGUGUCUGAAAGGGAAAAAUUGCAACUUUUUACAUGUU